AAGGACUGUGUGGGGUGAUGUGAUCUGCAGUGUGGAGUAUGCACUGAAGCUUGUCCCUGUCGACGCCUCCACCUUCUUUCUUUCGUGGCGUCUCCUCCUUUUGCCUUCAUUCUACACUGUUGUUGCGUUUCUGAACCUGCUCAAUCGAUCUGGCUUGCGUCAGCCUUGAAUCAUCCUUCAUUUCUUCGUUUAUGUUGAUACCGACUGAGUUGAAUCUGGCGGUGGAUAAAUGAGGGGGAUUGGGAAGCGCGACCGCCGCUGGGGGUCGUCGGAGAACUUACCGGAUGGAAAUUUUGAUACGGAGCUGUCCUCGCCUGGAACUGAGUAUUCCGGAGCUUCGGCGAGCAACGCGGAGGAGGAGGAGUUCGUUGAGGUCACGCUUGAUCUGCAAGACGAUGACACUAUUAUAUUGCGGAGCGUCGAGCCGGCGACGUUGAUCAGCAUCGAUGGCAAUGAGGUUAUUUCUGGAAUCACAGGGGUUGAAACUUCAACUCCGGCGUCGGCGUCGGCGUCGGCGUCGACUUCCAGAUCUCCGACCAUGCGCCGGAGUGCUUCCAAUAAACUGCUUCAGUUUUCUCAGGAGUUGAAGGCGGAGGCGCUGGCGAAAGCGAAGCAGUUCUCGCAGGAACUGAGGCGGUUUUCGUGGAGCCACGGACAUGCGUCUCGGAUACUCUCCGGCGCAGGUAACAGCGGCUUGGACUCCGCUCUGGCGGCCAGAGCGAUGCGCCGGCAACGAGCGCAGCUGGAUCGUACCCGUUCCGGAGCUCGAAAGGCUCUCCGAGGGCUUAAAUUCAUCAGUAACAUUAAAAAUAACCGCAUCGAAGCUUGGAACGAAGUCCAGAGCAAUUUCGAGAAGCUCGCCAAAGACGGUUACCUUUAUCGUGCCGAUUUUGCGCAAUGCAUAGGAAUGAGAGAUUCGAAGGAAUUCGCAUUGGAAUUAUUUGACGCAUUAAGCAGAAGGAGACGACUGAAGGUCGAGAAGAUCAGCAGAGACGAGCUCUACGAAUUCUGGUCACAAAUUACCGAUCAGAGUUUCGAUUCCAGGCUCCAGAUUUUCUUCGACAUGGUGGACAAAAACGAAGAUGGUCGGAUCACGGAAGAAGAAGUUAAAGAGAUUAUCAUGGUGAGUGCCUCUGCAAAUAAAUUGUCGAGAUUAAAAGAGCAGGCUGAAGAAUACGCAGCUCUGAUCAUGGAAGAAUUGGACCCCGAAAGACUUGGCUACAUUGAGCUAUGGCAGCUGGAAACACUACUGCUGCAAAAGGACACGUACUUGAAUUACAGUCAAGCCCUGAGCUACACGAGCCAAGCCCUGAGCCAAAACCUUCAUGGACUCAGAUACAGAAGCCGAUUCCAGAGAAUGAGCACUAAGUUGCUAUAUUUUCUGCAAGAAAAUUGGAGGAGAAUAUGGGUUCUAACACUCUGGAUAAUGAUAAUGAUUGGACUUUUCACUUGGAAAUUCUAUCUGUACAAACACAAGAAUGCAUUCAAGGUCAUGGGCUAUUGUCUCCCCACGGCUAAAGGUGCUGCAGAGACUCUGAAAUUCAAUAUGGCAAUCAUACUAUUGCCUGUGUGCAGGAACACCAUUACUUGGCUGAGAACUUCCAGGAUGGGACACUUUGUGCCGUUUGAUGACAACAUCAACUUCCAUAAGACAAUUGCAGCAGCCAUUGUAGUUGGUGUCAUACUCCAUGCUGGUAACCAUCUUGCCUGUGACUUCCCAAGGCUUGUGAAUGAACCUGAUGCCAUAUAUGAACUUUAUUUAAUCAAUGACUUUGGCAAUCGCAAGCCCAAGUACUUAGAUCUUAUCAAAGGAAUCGAGGGUGUAACCGGAAUUCUGAUGGUGAUUUUCAUGCUAAUUGCUUUUAUAUUGGCAACAAGGUGGUUCAGAAGGAGUCUCAUUAAAUUGCCUAAACCAUUAGACAGGCUCACAGGUUACAAUGCCUUUUGGUAUUCACAUCAUCUGCUCAUUCUUGUCUACAUCUUGCUUAUCCUCCAUGGCACCUUCCUUUAUCUUGAUCAUCACUGGUAUAAAAAGACGACAUGGAUGUAUCUUGCAGUCCCUGUUCUAUUGUAUGCUGGUGAAAGGACUCUUAGAUUCUUCCGAUCAGGCUUCUAUAGUGUCCGAAUUCUAAAGGCUGCCAUUUAUCCUGGAAAUGUCCUGACGCUACAAAUGUCAAAGCCUCCACAGUUCAAGUAUCGAAGCGGACAAUACAUGUUUGUUCAAUGCCCAGCUGUUUCUCCAUUUGAGUGGCAUCCAUUUUCAAUAACCUCAGCGCCCGAUGAUGAUUACCUUAGCAUUCACAUACGGCAAUUAGGCGACUGGACACAUGAUCUUAAGAGGGUAUUCUCUGAGGCAUGUGAACCUCCUGCCAUUGGAAAGAGCGGAUUACUCAGAGCUGAUGAAACUACAAGGAAAAGCUUACCAAAGCUGCUAAUAGAUGGACCUUACGGCGCUCCAGCCCAAGGCUACAGGAAGUACGACGUUCUCUUACUCGUUGGUCUUGGCAUUGGAGCAACACCUUUCAUCAGCAUCCUUAAAGAUUUACUCAACAACAUUGUCAAAAUGGAAGAGUUGGCUGAUUCAAUUUCGGAUUUCACCAGGUUCUCGGACCAGUGUAUGAGCUCUUUCAACUCCGCACAACUCAACAAGUCUUCUCCUAAACAGAAGAAACCUCUGAGGACAACUAAUGCUUACUUCUAUUGGGUCACGAGAGAGCAAGGAUCAUUCGAUUGGUUCAAGGGGGUCAUGAAUGAGGUUGCUGAACUUGAUCAAAGGGGGGUCAUUGAGAUGCACAAUUAUUUAACCAGCGUAUACGAAGAAGGAGAUGCUCGUUCAGCACUCAUCACCAUGGUCCAGGCACUUAACCAUGCCAAAAAUGGAGUCGACAUUGUUUCUGGCACAAGGGUCAGAACACACUUUGCAAGGCCAAAUUGGAAGAAAGUUCUGUCCAAAAUUGGCACAAAGCAUGCCAAUGCCAGAAUAGGAGUGUUCUACUGUGGAGCACCAGUACUUGCAAAAGAACUCAAACAGCUAUGCUAUGAGUACAAUCAGAAAGGCACCACCAAAUUUGAAUUCCACAAGGAGCAUUUCUAAAACCAAAUCAAAUCAGCCACUUGCUUCAUUCCACUACCAAUUUUUUCCCUUGCAAUCAACUCUCCCUUUCCACAAUUCUAUGCUGGCUGAAUCUGCCCACAAAAGAAAUGGUAAAAUAGAAAUAAUACUGAUAUACUACUUUGUAGGAAAAUAUAUAUAUAUAUAUAUAUAUAUAUGCUAAGGUAUAUUGUGAUGAGCUGCUGGCAAGACGAGCCCAGAAAGUGAUCGGUGAGAUGCAUAGUUAUCUGCCACGUGGCAGAUUUCAGGGCGUUGGAUGACAUUGAAGAUGAAAGCGUGGAUUACAGCAGAAAGGAUUGAUCUAUGAUGGUAUAGUGGAUUGGGGAAAUUUGUAGGUUUAUGGAGCAGGUUUUUGUUUCAAUUCUUGCAAUUAUUAAUAUUGGACUUUUUUUGGAUGUGCUAAAAGUAAAAGUAAAAGGUAGGCUUGUAGUUGUACAAUUUUCCAUUCUGGAAAUCCGGCGCUGCUUGAAGCCCUUGUCUUAUUUAUUACAUUCAUGGAAUGUUGUAAGCAAGGAUACGCGCGUAACUAAAAUGUAAAUGUAAAUAAAUACAAGUUUAGUAUAUUAAAAGUGGUGAAUGGUGAUGUGGAUUGGAUCCAUAUUGAGUCACAGGUUUUUUAUCUCA